AUGAUACAUUUAAUCCGCUGUUUUGUCAUGGUCCCACUAUUGAAUCAAUUUGAAAUGAAUAUCUUCCACAUACAUCUUUGUCAAUUUGAUUAUACAAUAACUCAUCAAAUUGCUAAUGAAAUCUUAAUUGAAAAUUUUGUACGAUGGCCAAUGAAUAUUACAUAUUAUGGUAUGAAAGACCGUAGAUAUAUACAUAUUUAUCCUUUACCAUGGUCAUUAAAUAAAAAUGAUAAACGACAAUUACCUGUUGUCGGAGUUGGAUCAGAUUCAUAA